AUGCAAAAGAGCGAAAUAGCCUCUAAAACCAAAGCUUUACAGAAUGUCGACGAUCCCAGAUUGAAAAUUCCAAUUGAUUUAAAAAAUCUUUUAGACAGUGAAACAUUCAGUGACAUAAUAAUUAUCUCUUCAUGUGGAAAGAAGUUUCAAGUGCACAAAAAUAUAUUAGCAGCUCGUAGCACAGUUUUUUCAGCAAUGUUAGAGAACAAUAUGAAAGAGGCAACUGAAAAUUUGGUAGAAAUAACAGAUAUAGAUGCGGAAACUUUAGAAGAAUUACUGCUUUUUAUCUACUCUGGAAAGGUAAAGAAUAUUGAAAGAGCAGCAAUAGAUCUACUAGCAGCAUCUGAUAAAUAUGCAAUCGAAGACCUGAAGAUUAUGUGUGAAAAAGUUCUUGAUGCCACUAUUGGUUUUGACAAUGCAGUUGAUGUUUUCGUCCUUGCUGAUUUGCAUCAUGCUGAUUUAUUGAAACAAAAGGCUUUAAGCUUCAUCACAAAGCAUUUGAAGAUCGUCAUGGAAACACCAGCUUUUAAGGCUUUGAUGAAUGGAACACAGCCACACCUAUCCGAGAUACUCACAGCUAUAUCCAAAACUAAAUGA